AUGCGCAUUUUCGCUCUCCUCCCCGUUCUCUUCGGCCUUCCAGCCUUUGCGGACCUGGUCGAAACCAAGUUCCCGACAUUGCUCCUGCCCAUGAAAAGCUCACAGCCGGACACCGCUUUCUAUACCCAGGAUGAUGCGACCGUCAGCCGCAAUAACAAGACAAACGACGAACAAUGGACAGCAAUCAACUUCGACGUCCCCCAGAUUGACAAUGUCAAGAUCUGCCGCCUGCAAUUCCUCAUCAAUGUCGACCCCUUCAAAAACGCCCCACUUACCCUCAAGGGCGACGCUCCAAUGGCUAUCAGCAUCUCUCGCAUCGAAGCCAAGCUGGUCAACGGCCGUAGUACCUGGAACAAUAAGCCCGCCAUCACUGAACACUACGAUGCCUACACUCUGACGGCGAACGGCGCAUCCGAGGUAGUCAGCAAAUGGUUCGAGUGUCCCAUGAAGAAGGCCGCACAAUUCGUCAUUCAUCCGGCUAGCAAGAGAGACUUGGAGCUCUACUGGUUCGAGCUGAACUACGGUGCCGACGAUGGAGGCCCACACGGAGUUGUGCUGGAAAUGCACUCUUAG